AUGUACGUGGGGGAGUGCGUCGAUGCAGGGAGCGGCAGCAGCAGCAGCAGCAGCAGACAGCCACCGGGCAAAGGGUCUUCAGGACGCGGGGCAUACCCGAAGAGCCCCCGUAGCUCCAUAGCCCAAAUAGCACCUUCCAACAGUAGCGGCAGGGGCAGGCUAAGGGGAGACACCAGCAGCAGCAGUAGCUCAGAUCCGUUCUGCAGCGGCAGAGAGGCUCUUCCUGUGGUGCCUGAAGAGGGAGAAGAGGAACUGCGAGUUUCUUUGCCUAAAAAGGGGCUUUUUGGCGACGGCACUCGUUACAAGGAGUCGGAGGCUGCUGCUGCGGCAAGCAGAGCAACAGGAGACGUAGAGCUGCGGGACCGUUCAACUUCUUUACUUCUUCUCCGGUCAGCAGAAGAGGCUUUUGAGAAGUCAUGGGCCAGCCUCAUGCGCAUGCAGCAGCAGCUCGAGCAAGAGCACCAGCCGCAGCAGCGGCUGCACCCUUCAAGACCCUUGUUGGGUCAACUCUACCCUGGCCACUCUGCAGAUCCGCCGGAUGUGGGGUCUAACGCAGCGGCUUCUGUGGGGCUUUGCAAAGUUGAACCCCUGUCAUCUCUCCCUCAGGGAGAGGCAGAUGCGCUGCAGACUCCGAGCCACCCGCAGGAGCAGGAGCGAGAGAGCCGCAGAAAGCAGCAGCAUUCGGAAGUGGCAGGCCAUUCGAACGUUGAUGGAGAUGCAACCCAAGAAGAUGCGCCGCCACUGGCUCUUCAGUGGCAGGAUCAGCCCACAAGCUCCUCACUUGAUCGGGGCGCCGAACGAGAAGCUGGAGCAACCGAAGCAGCAGCAGCAACAGCAACAAAAGCGAAAACUGCAGGUCAACAGCAGCAAGGUCAAGAGUUGCCUCCGGAAGCGCAGCACCCAUCUAGCCGGCCCCGUUCAGUUUCGCUGUCUUUUGCGUCUCCUCGGAGCACAGCACGUGACAGCAACGGCAGCUUCAGCAGCACCGGGAGCGUAUUCAGAACUCCGAGGAGCAGCAAUUUGAGCAGCAGAGUCAGCAGCGGCAGCAUGCUGACAGCGAGAAGCUCAGAAGCUUCCUCUGAGGAAAGUGUUCACCAGAGGGAGACGACUUCAGCAGAAGCUACACCAGGAGCAGCAACAUUCGAGGCAGCAACGAACACUCAAGCAGCAGCGCCGGCAGCAGGUACAGAACGCGAGACCCCCGAACAGGUCAGGGCAGGGGCGGAAGCGCUUUGCUCGCAGAGUAGUGGAGAGAAAGAGUUUUGUUCGCCAAGAGAAUUGUAG